AUGGAGUAUAUUGUCUAUUGUGACAACCAGAGUGCAAUAGACUUGAGCAAGAACAUCAUGUACCAUGCAAGGACAAAACACAUCGACGUCAUAUAUCAUUGGAUUCGUGAGCAAGUGGAGAGUGAAUCACUUCAUGUUAAAAAGAUUCACAUAAGUGAAAAUCCUGCGGAUAUGUUGACUAAGAUGAGAGUGAAAAAACAGAAGCGGCAUAGGAGAGCUGUAACGUUUUACAAAGCUUGUUUUGGGUUUAGAGAGCCGUUUAAAAUCUUCUGUGAUGGAACAUUUGUGAAUUAUGUUGUUGGUAAUCACAUAACACCUGAUACUGCAUUGGAAAAUAUUCUUGGCGCCACAGUUAAACUUUUUGUAACCAGAUGCGUUCUUGCGGAGUUGAAGAGCCUUGGUAAAUCCGAAGCACUGAAUGCAGCUAAAAACCUUUGUACUGCACGAUGCGGCCAUGAGAGGCGGAAAAGUGCUGAAGAUUGCAUAACUGAAGUUAUUGGGGAGAACAAUUCUGAACACUUUUUUGUUGCUACUCAAGAUGCUGAUUUGCGAAGAAGUCUUCAAAAGAUACCUGGUGUACCCGUAAUUUUUGCUGUGAGGAAUGCAUUAUUUCUCGAACAACCUUCAUCAUUUCAACGUCAGUUUGCCAAAUCUUCUGAAGAAGAACGUCUUCAUAUGACUGACCUGGAGUACAAUAUGCUUAGACAAAUGAAAAAGAGGAGAUUGUCCGAUGACAAACAAGGGGAUUCUUCCGUUGCAUCAGAGGAAAAGAUAAUUGAUGUUUCACAGGCUCAGAUUAUCAAUACAAAUGUUAAGAGGAAUGGAAGUGAUGUCAAGGAUAAAGUUCGCUUCAAGAGAAAGAAAGCUAAGGGUCCAAAUCCACUCUCAGUACUCAAGAAGAAAAAGAAGUCUGCGGAUACAAAUGAGAAGAAGGUAAAUACAGAUGAGGGAACUGUGAAAAGGAAGAGGAAAAGGAAGAGAAGGAAGACGUCACACAAAGAUGUUGUUGAAGGCAUCCACCAGUAAAUCUUUUUCCC